AUGCCUGUUUCCCGCACCUCAGCGGAUGCGGAGAGACAGCUGCGGAAGGCCCUCGAUCUGAACGGGAAAACGAAGGCUCUGAAGAUGGUGACCCUGGCGCUGCUUGUGGGUCUGUUCUGUUCCGAGGAGCCCAGGCCAGCAGGGGACGAGUUAGGAGAAGUGCUGAGCGAAACCCUGACCCUGCCAGAAAAGCUACGUAAGCUCCAGGAAGAGCUUUAUCUCCUGCGCUGGAGCCUAAAGGAUGUCGCCGAGCGUGCUUUUCAGGAAGCCUUGAAGCAGGCGAAGCUCCCAGGCUUUACCGGAUGGGCUGUUCAAGAGAUAAUCAAUCAAGUCUUGGAGAAGCUGGAAGAAAAGCAAGUCCCCAUGCCAGAUUAUGCCCUCAAAUCAUCAGGGGCUGCUGUCGUUCAUUCAAGGACUUCUCCAUCCUUCCGCAAUAGGAAAGGAAAAGUCUUUUUGUAUUCCCUGCCGGUGCUGGAUUACCUGCGAUCUCCUGACGUUAUCCUUGAGCCGGAAAAUCAUCCAGGAAACUGCUGGCCCUUGGCAGGAAGUCAGGGACACGUGCUCAUCAGGCUGUCUGUGCCAAUCGUUCCCAGAGCAGUCACCGUGGACCAUGUCUCAGGGACAAUGUUCCAUAGAGACAGCAUCUCCAGAGCGCCAAAGGACUUUGCUGUCUACGGCCUCAAGGAAGAACAGGAGGAGCAGGGAACGUUCCUGGGACGGUUCACUUUCCUGGCGAUGCUGAAUCCCACUCAGACCUUCCAGCUGAAGAACGAGCUCUCUGGGUUCGUGAAUUACAUAAAGCUGCAAGUGCUGAGCAACUGGGGCCACCCGGACUACACCUGCCUGUAUCGAUUCAGGGUGCACGGCGAUCCUCCCGAAGACGGGGGAAAGGGGUCCCUGUCAUCUGGCAAUAAAGGCCCUUAA